UCACUGCAUAACGAUGCCCCAGACAAAUGGUUUGCCGUCGAUCGAACAAAAGUUAUUAAGCUUAAUAGCUGGACAGGAUUUGGGAGAUAUUACGCAGGAAUUAUGUGACUUCUCUCUGGAAGAACAAAAUGCCACAGCUGAAGCCCAAGGUAUUCAACCAACUGCAGCCUCGGAUUUUGUACCAGUUCUGGGGAAGACGGUAACGUAUAUCGUGGCCUGUGUUCUAUUCAAUGAAAAUAACGAAGUGUUGGCCAUGCAGGAAGCCAAACAAUCGUGCGCAGGAAAGUGGUAUCUUCCGGCCGGUCGCAUGGAAAAGAAUGAGUCGAUCUGUGAAGCAGCUGUUCGGGAAGUGUUUGAGGAGACGGGACUUAAUUGCAAAAUAACUACGCUUUUGGCAAUAGAAGCAGCAGGUGGGUCCUGGUUCCGUUUCGUAAUGACCGGAACUGUAACCGGCGGUGUCUUGAAGACACCAGCUCAGGCAGACAGUGAAUCUUUGCAAGCUAAAUGGAUACAAAAUAUACAAGAACUGCCGCUUAGAUCAAACGAUAUUUUGAAUAUAAUUGAAAUUGGCAAGUCGUAUAUAAACCGCCAUAAGUGCUCUCAGUCUGUUCUGUGGCAUAAUGAAGUGCUGCCAACGAAAUACGCACACCACAAAAACUAUUUGCGAGUUGUAGCCGUCAUAAGAAAGCGCUCUACCAAUGCAUUGAAUGUUCUGGUAAGCGAAAAAAAUGUUCAUCAUUUUCCCACAGUCGAAGUCCAUCCACAGCGCAGUUUACAUUCAACUCUUCGAAAGUUUAUGGUUGAACUAUUUGGAGCUGAACUUCCCCAGCAUCGCCCUCAUGGUAUUCUCAGUGUGGAACAUUGUCCAUCCGCCCCGCCACAUACAACUGAUGGUAUUUGUUUAAAUGUGUUGGUGGUAUUUAGGCCUCCUUUAGAAGAAGUUUCCCUAAUCGGAAAAUGCACAUGGCACGAGUUGAGCAAGACCCUAGAGGAGAAGCUCGGAAGAAUAUUAUGCAGCAAAAACUCAACAAUUCCAUUGAAUGUCAUACGAUAG